AUGGCUUACGCUUAUCCUUCGGGGGAAAGUGGUUCAUCAACUUCACUCAACGGUACUCUUGUGAACUCUUCACAAGGCCAUGUGUACCGGAGUUAUGUAGCUGGCUUUGAUGUUUUGAGAGAGUUCAAGCACAAAAUAGCAGAAGAUGAACAUUACAUAUCGUUUUUUCAAGAUCGUAUAAGAGUAGAAGAACAAUACAUAGAAAAUUUAACUAGGUUAUAUGAUAGAAGUGUUGCUAUUGACAGUUUACAUGAUGAUGCAGGACCAAGGAAACAAUCAAAGUCGACUACACGUAAAGCAUGGCAAGAAGUACGAGAUUACACACAAAGGGAAUUGCAAUCUAGAGAAGCUAUGGUUUCAGCUUUGAGAGAAGACGUAAUGAAAGAGCUUGUAAAGCUUAAAGAAGAACAAAAUAGGAUAAGAGGUGCUCUUAAGGAUAAUAUGAAACUUGCCAAUGAGAUGUACGAAGAUCAUGCUAGAUCCCAACUACCUAAAUUGAAGAAAACCUAUUAUCAGAAAUGUCAAGGUUUGGAGGAUCACAAACGGCAAGAAAAUGCUAUAGCUGCACAAGCUAGACUUUUAUCAACACCUUCACCACCUUCUCCAGCUACAACACCACUUCAUGAACAUCCAUUUGCCAUCCCAUCGGGACCAUCAUAUACCUCCCCACCGACAUUCACAGGACCCUUGCCGCCCAUAAGCAAUCCUGCAAUUUCCCAACCCGAACCCGUACAUCAGUCAUUUUCACCCAGUAAAGAAGAAAAGAAAGCUGCUAAUCGACUGAGAGCCGGUUCAGCUUCAACCGGAGAUAAAAGUAAAGAUGUUCUGAAUGAUCUUGCCCAACAAAGUAAAAAAGGGUUUUCAGCUUUUAUGCAAAAAUUAGGCGGAGAUAAAGAUAAAGAAAAAGAUAGUCACAAUCAUGGACAUGGGCAUGGACAUAGCCAGAACCAUAAAGAUGAUUAUAUAAUCGGAGGAAUGGGAGGCGGAGGAGGAGAUAGUGGUGAAUUGAGUGGAACCGGCAACUUACAAAGAAUAGGAACAACCAAUUCAGUUGCAAAUCAACAACAAAAAGCAUUAGGUGCAAUGAAAGGUGUUAGACUCAAGAGAGAAGCUGAUGAAGCUGAUAAAUCGUACCGAAUGGGUGUGUUCCAUUUGGAGUCUUUAAGACUAAGGAGAGAAAAGCUACAUUCCUCAGCUAUGAACAAUCUGGAGACUUUCAAUGAUGAAUUAAGUAAGAAGUUAAGAUUGGCUUUGGAGAGUUAUAUGGAUACUAUGCAUGGUACUGCUGCUACCAAUGCUCAAGCCACUGAAGUUGCCAAGGAAGCUAUUGAAGGUAUCAAUCUCGAGCAGGAUAUGAUGCUGUUCAGAACCAGACUUCGAUCCAUCGUACCUAACUCUAUCCAACCUGUACCAUACGAGAACUUCUACGUUGGACCUUGUCGAUCAUUGAUCUUCGGAGUUUCCUUGACAGAUUAUGAUUUCACAAGAGGUGAAUCGUCGGACCACGGAAGACCUCCUACGAUAUUAGAGAAGGCGAUCGCAGCUAUUGAUGAGCGUGGCUUGACGUCUGAAGGUAUCUACAGAGUUAGUGGAAGACAUUCAGGUGUACAGAAAAUGGUUCAAGGGAUCGAAUUAGAUGAAGAGAAGUUCGUGUUCGAGGAUAAAGAUGAUGUAUUUAGUAUCGGGAAUGUCCUCAAACAAUACUUGAGAGAACUUCCAGAACCCGUCUUCCCUCUUCCCCAUCCUGAAAGAGUGAAAUUUACCGAAAGUCGCGAAGCGCACAUCGAAAGCAACUUUUCUUCUCUCAGAUCUAGACUGAGAAGACUUCCGCCUAUCCAUCAAACUGCCUUCCAAGCCAUGAUUGAACAUCUAGGACGGGUUAAUCAGAAUUCUGCCACCAACAAAAUGGACGCUAAGAAUUUGGCUGUUGUCUUCAAUUCGGUGCUAUUUGGUCAAGAGCAGAUGCCGACUGAUACCAACUCAUUGCUGCAGCAUCAUCAGGGCAGAGAUACUGUAUUGGAAGAUCUCAUCACUUUCUCCGAUCUGCUGUUCCGAGUAGAUUCACCCGUUGUUGCACCGACAGCAGUACCACCAGGACCAGCCCUCACGCGUUCUGGUGUACUUUCCUAUCAUCCCAUCGAUGACGGCGCUCAACCAGGUAGUUCGAGGACGAAAAUCAAAAUAUCCCAAGCAGCACAACCAAAUGAGAACAAGUCUUCCCCUAUCGUCUCGGACUUAAGCUUGGAAGGAUCGCCUACCACAAAUGAUCCUGGUACAGUCAAACCUGCUGCUAUCACUCAAUUUGGUGAUUCGUCUUCUUUAGGCAUAUUCACUCCUGAUGAUAAGCUGAAUCUUCUGUUCGAUCCUACGAUCAUCCCAAUAAAGAUGCGAGAAAACGUGCCGGCAGCUAUACAUAUCCGACCUUUGUCUUCCUCUGAUCUUCUUCGAUCCCAUUUCGAACUUUUGAACACAUUGAGAGAAUCACCGCCUCUUGCCCCAUCAGUCUAUUCAGCGAUCUUCCAACAUAUCAAAUCAUGUCCAGGAACAUACUACGUGCUUGUGAUGGUCAAUAAAGAUACAGACGAAUUGGUUGCUUCUGGAACACUAAUGGUCGAGAGGAAACAUAUCAAUAAUGGUGGUGCAUCUGGACAUCUGGAGGAUAUAGUCGUGUCGAACACUAUGCAAGGUAAAGGGUUAGGCCAAAUCUUGGUGACUGGGUUGAGAGAUAUGGCUGUCGCUCUGGGUUGUUAUAAGGUCAUCUUAGAUUGUAAGGAGAUCAAAAUACCUUUCUACGAAAAAUGUGGAUUUCAUAAACGAAGUGCUGGUAUGGCAUAUUACGUAUCUGAUCAAGCUCAACUUCAACCUGGAUUGAAUAUGGCACAGCCAUCAACGCUGACUUUGGAUACUGCUAAUUCUCCAACGAGCCAUACAACGAGUUCAUCUCCUUUAAAUACCAGUAUUUCACAACAACCAUUAUCACUUGCUACGGAUAUCGAACCUCCUGGAUCUCCAUCAAUGACUUCAGCCUCUUCAGGAACAGGUGUAACUUAUUCUUUCCCUGUGAAUGAUACGAUGUUACCUGCUUGGGCAGCGGAAGGUUUAGGCUCAAGUCCAUUAGGUCUACCUUCAAGCUCACACGAUAGUUCACCUGUUAACGUGAACGUAAACAGAAAAGAAAAUGAUCAUACCCCCCUACCUCCUGGAGCUGCACCGGCAAUUACGAAUGCGGAACCUGAGAGAUUGCCUUAG